AAUCAUUGGAGUGAACCAUAUUAAUACCAACAACCAUUAAUGGACAGUUUCCAUACCAUUAGACAUUGGUUACAGCUGGGAUCAUUGUUGCUAUCAACAGACAGUCCGGUAUUCAAAGAGAGUGCUGCCCUCUGUCAUGAUUUUGGAAGCAGGGGAUAAUAUUGAGAUUUGAAGGCAGUCUUUAUAUUUGUGGACAUUACUAACAAAAGUGGACGGUUGUUCGAGCAGUGGACAUUACUGGACAGUAAUAGGGGACAGUCCUGACGUCUGUGCCUCAGGUGACCACUAAACUCAUAGGUGCUGCCUGUUUCGUCAACCAGCAAAGUCAAAACCAAAAAUGCUGUUGCUUCUAAUCCUUGCAACGAUUCUGACCGUUUCCUCGAAUCAGGAAUUUGAUGAAGCCUUCUACAACUCUUUGGGUCCUGGUUACUCCUAUACUUAUCUUCAAACUCCUCCAACAGAGAAAUUCUACCCAAGCCGAAGUCUUCUGGAAUGUUCUCUCAUCGCUCUAAACAGUCAAUCGGAAUUCUUUUCUUACAACAAAGUCAACCGUACUUGUAAGAAUUACUCACCAAAAAGUAUUAUGACAGUCAGCAGUGGACAGGACAACAACGAGAUGUCCUACUAUAGAAGCAGUGAAUGGAUUAAAACCUAUGCCAUAUCAAUGGGAGCAAACUCGUUAAUCUAUGAUUCCAUAUUAAAAAAAGGCCAUCCUUCAACAUGGAAUGUGGACAAAUGUGUUGGUAGCUAUUGUCCGAAUUUUUUCCGACACCCUCUGCUUGAUAUCUGGAACGAACUUCAAAUUGAUGAGGUGAAGCUUGUGUUGUACAAAAACCAAAGUGCUGUGGUAACGAUGGUGUUUGAUGGGCGAAAUACAAGCCUUGAAAGCUGGUUCACUCAGGAAAAGCUGAAAAGUUCCCCAUGGAGCGAUCUAGCAUCAGAUGCGACAAAUUGUUUCUCAAUCGUUGGAAUUGAUAACAAACGCCGUUUUUAUGUUUCACACUGGCAUGAAGGUUGUCCAAAAGAUCUUGGUUGGUUGACUAUCAAUGAAGCUUUCCUUACUUGUGAUUGGGAGAAAUCAAACUAUUUUCCUAAAAUCCUUUACUCUGACACAACUUCAAAAAUCAAAUGGGAAGAUGGAUACGGAGUCGCCGAUUCCAUGGCCAUCUUCAUCCGUCUGAGACAAAACUAACCAAUCCCAGUUUAUGUCUAAUGCAAGCACCGUUGUUGUUGAGCACCAUCCAUACCAAUAUGACCACCACCACUGAGCACAUGUCAGCUAUUGUCACCGAAUAAAGUUUCCACAUUAACCUUU